UCUGAGCUCUCCCAGUAAUGGCACCCCGGCGUCUCCAACCACGCAGUCUGAGCAGUUUGAGAUCAUCGCGGAAGACAUUAGUAAUGGCUACAUGCCUUCCGUUUACGACCUGCUCAAUGAAAGCCCCUCAAUUGCCGAUCGUCGCAAUGAAGGCACUGUCACGAAUGCACCCAGUCCCUGUGCUAUAUCCAAGCCGACAAAUAAUUUCUCAGCAAGUGGCUCGGAUGAAGAGAAAGACAUCAGAAGUUUUAAUAUACGCGGUUUCGCGUACUCCGCUGCUCGCAAGUCGACGAUCAAUGCACCAGUACGGCGCGAUUACUCCCGCGCAGCUUCAGCAUCCUCGAGCUCAGACGAGAUUUUAUCACCUGCGAAAAGGGCUGCACGUUCCGCGAGCCGGGCCUUUGCCGAGGGAUUCUCAGAGGCUGAGCUCGCAAAGCUCCUCAAGUGCGUCGUUUGUGAGUCUUUGUGGACCGCCAGGAAGACAACUGUCCGCAAGCUCAAGCACAUCGGAUCAUGUGCUAAGCGGCGGUCACUCACUGACGCCACGAUUGCCGUCAUGAUACGCCAAGAGAUUGACCGUGUGCCUAUCCUGCCGGAAAAGAAGACAAAACACAAGCAGCAGGAAGCGGAGACUCUGCUGCAGGACGCCGUGCUCGACGCCGGGGCAAAACGCAGGGGCAAGCGUCCCGCGGUCGUCACAACUGUCAAGAGCUUGACGGAAACACGAGAGCAAAUUCUGCUCAAGGCUCGCCAACUGAUUGGACACCCGUCAGCUCGCCCACAGGGAGUGAUGAUAACUGUCUCUGCAGAGUCAAAUACCGCUGAAAAAACCCGCCUACCUCCUUCUACGCAAGGUUUUGGCGAAAGUGCAUUGACAAAGCGACGACGUACUCCCCAUGAAGACGCGCAGUCUGCAGCAUCUCUGUCAGCUCAGGCGUUUGGUCGUAGUAAGCUUACGUCAAAGCCAGCGCACGUAGUCUUCAUCCCGCGCGUCGAGGUCCCGGAAGAUUCGAAGACGCUACCAUCGACCCAGGCAUUUGCCCCAAGCAAACUAGCAGGCUCUUCAAGGUCGUCUCGCGGCGAUAAGGCCGGCUCUAGGCAGUCUAUCGAUUACUAUUACAAGCACACCUACUCACUCAUCGCUUCCAAUGAAUGAACUUCAUUCGGACUGUGGGAGCAACUCCCCGUCAUCCCGUUCGAUUAACAAGACUUCCAAGACAAAGAUAGCACGUAUCAAAAUCAAGAAGAUUCUAAAGUCAAACGUCAAGAGCAAGAAGACUCCCGAGACAAAAGUCAAAAAAAUGGAGAAUUCUAAGACAAACAUUGUACCUGUCAAAAACGAGAAGCUAUCUGACGAAGAAUACGACGCACGACUUAGGCAAGCCAUUCUGGCUGAUCGGCCACUCCGUCUGCGCAUCCUUCACUACGAGCCCAUUCACAUCGAUGAAUUUGUGAAGUUCG